AUGGCAAUGUCCGCCGCGGUGGCGCGACUGCGGGAGCUGGCGCCGGCGCCGGGGGCGGAGGAGGAGCUGGAGCUCGACGACGCCGGCGCGGCCGCGCUCGCCGAGUGCUGCGCUGGCCUCCUCCGCCCUGGCGGCGGCGGCAAUGCCGGGACCGCGCGCGAGGCGCUCGAGGCGCUCUGCGCUGCAGGCGUAGGGGGCUCGAUGCGCCGCCAUGCCGAUGGGCUCGCGCCGCUGGUCGUCGCGCGCCUCGGCGACGGACACGCGGCCGUGCGGGAGGCCGCGAGGAGGUACCUCCUCCUGCUCAUGGAGAUGAAGGAGAUGAAUGCAAGAACGGAAAACACAGAACCAAAUUCCUGCAUGCCAGAUGACCGACACGUUCACUAUACGACAAUCGAAAUGGAAUCUUCUAAUACCAGUCUAGCAAGAAAAAAUUCCAAAGACAAGCUCAGCACAAGAGACAUCUCAUUUCUUGCAGGAGAAGGAGAUAUUACAAGAAAAUUAGUCGAACCUAUAAAGGUUUUCUCUGAGAAGGACCUACUAAGGGAGAUAGAAAAAGCAGUAUCUACUUUGCAGCCAGAUAAUGAGUGGUCAAUCUGGAUAACUGCAAUGCAAAGAGUGGAGGGUUUAGUGCUUGGAGGUGCUGCGGACUAUUCAGCCUUCCCCAUGCUCCUAAAACAGCUCGUGACCCCUCUAAUAACUCAGCUUCUGGAUAGGAGACCGAGCAUUGUAAAACAGGCAUGCCAUUUACUAAAUUUCCUAUCGAAAGAGUUACUACGCGACUUUGAACCAUAUGCAGAGCUGCUUAUUCCGGUCCUUCUUAAGAAUGUCGUGAUCACCAUCCUUGUAAUUGCUGAGUCUGCUGAUAACUGUAUAAAAGAGAUGUUAAGGAACUGCAAGGUAGCUCGUAUACUACCAAGGAUUAUUGAAUUUGCAAAGAAUGAUAAAAGUGCUGUUCUUCGUGCCAGGUGUUGCGAAUACGCAAUACUAAUGUUAGAGUACUGGGUUGAUACUCCAGAAAUACAGAGAUCAGCUGACCUGUACGAAGACCUUAUAAAAUGCUGUAUAGCAGAUGCAACUAGUGAGGUCCGAUCAAGCGCAAGGGCAUGCUACAGGAUGUUCUCAAGGAUUUGGCCUGACCGUUCACAUCAGCUGUACUCAUCUUUUGAACCAUCCAGACAGAAAAUGAUAAAUGAUGAAGAUGCUGAGACACCUCAAAGGCAUCUUCCUCCAGUUAAAUUAAGGCAGCCUCAACCUAGUUCUUUCAUUCCAGCUGUAAUAGAUAAAGUUGUUAAGGUCGAUUCUGGGACAUCAUUUUCUUCUGGAGACCUGCAACCAUCAGACAGACUAUACCUCCAGUGUGAUGAUAUAACCUCAAAAGGCCCAGAUGAAGGCAAUAAGGAUGACACUUUGACUAUUGGAAGUUCUUUUGAGGAUAAGAUCACACUAAGAAAAGUAGAAACUAAAGACAGAGAUACUGAGAAAUAUGAUUCAGGCAACAGUGCAGGUGUCAAUUUAUCGGCUUGUGACCCGCCAACUGCCACUCCCAUUGCAACAGAAGCACCUUCAGAAAUGUCACUGAAUGAUGCAGCUGUUGUAACAAUUGUUCAAGAUAAGGCUGAAUGCAGGCUGAAUGUUGAACCGAUAACUCAGCAAGUUCAAGGACGAGAAGAUCCUUCUGAAUUGACGUGCCUGCCACCUUCAGUUAACUCGAAAGGUCCAGGGAACCUGCUAAAGGAAAAUCCUGUUGAAGUAAGUUCUGAUGCUGGAUCAAGUGGAAAAGUAGGAACUCAUAAGAAGAGUGCUGUUUCUAAGGAGCCACGUGGCAGUUACACCCCUAACUUCCGUCGACCUCUCUUGGGCACUUUCUUUAGGUCUAACCCAAGAUCAGAUUGGAUGAUGAAGGUAUAUGCAUUCAGUUUCUUAAGGCAGUGUUUGCUAGAACGUGGAUCAAAAAGCACUCAGGAAGUUGCACAAAAUUUUGAGAAGGUUAUGAGACUUGUUUGUCGAUAUCUGGAUGAUCCCCAUCACAAAGUGGCACAGGCCGCUCUCUCAUCACUAGCUGAGAUCAUGCCAGCUUUCAAGAAGCCUUUUGAACAUUAUCUCGACAAGACACUGCCCCGUAUUUUCUCUCAGUUGAAUGAUCCAAAGGAAUCAAUCAAGCAGCGGUGCUUGGCAAUUUUGAAACAUGCAAAUGAAAGUUAUCCCAUUGAUUCUCUUUUACCCGCCUUACUUCGUUCGCUAGAUGAGCAGAAAUCUCCCAAGGCAAAACUGGCAGUUCUUGAGUUUGCAAAUGCCUCUUUUGUAAAAUGCACAGUCAAUUCUGAAAGCUAUUCUAGCAGCAGUUUCCUUAAGCCAUGGUUGGGAAAGCUUGCCUUUUUGCUUAAUGAUAAAAACAAAAAACUGAAGGAGGUUACAGUGGUUGGUUUCUCAUCUAUUUAUUCUCAUUAUGACCCUGAAUCCAUGUUAAGCUUUUUGGUCACCUUGUCAAUGGAAGAACAAAAGCGGUUAAGACGGGCAAUGAUGCAAUUAAUACCUACAAUAGAAAGUGACUUGGAAGAGUUCUUGCAACAAAAGAGACAUAAGCAAAAGGCUGCAUCUUUUGAUGGUUUCACUGCUAAAUCACCACUUCAUCCUGCAUCUCAAUCUGCAAAAUCACCCCUGCAUCCUGCUUAUCGAUCUUCUAAAUCACCACUCCAUCCUCGAUCUGCUAAAUCACCACUUCAUUCCGCAUAUAAAUAUGCUAAGUCACCGCUGCGUCCCUCAUAUCAAUCUGCUAAAUCACCGCUGCGUCCAGCAUAUCAAUCUAGUUCUGUUAAGACUGAUGAUUGUUUCAGUUCUGCACUCCAGUGUCUCCCAAAUUUAUCUUUGGAAGUCCCGGAGCACCAUACUGAAAGGAUUGAGUUUGAAUCAUCUAAUGAAUCUUAUGGUCACAAAACUGAAAUGAUGGACAAGAAGUCUUGUACCGUGAGGUCAAGGAAUGAUCUCCCGAGAAGAAGUGACUUUAGUGUGAUAUCAGAUAACAUAGUUCAGAGUGCAAGCAGGGACAGUCGGAGUACGAAGAUAGUUGAUGAACCAAAUGAUAGUGAACUGCACAUAAAUACCCGAAAAAACAAAGUUACGAGGAUGAGGAAUGACUGCCAGGAUCAUGAGGAGGCAGUGAGUCAAUUGGAAGAAGAUUCUGAAACGAAUGGACACUCAGUGCCCACCAAGAAUUUACAACAGAUGUCUUCUUCCCUUCUUGAGAUGCUUGAUGAUCCAGAUGUGCCCACAAGAGAGCUUGCGCUUUCUCUGUUGGUUGAAAUUCUUGAAAAGCACCGAAAGGCGAUGGAGAACUGUGUUGAACUUCUUAUAGCUAAACUGCUGCAUGCAACCAAAGACGGUGCCUUGAAGGUUGUAAAUCAGGCCCAUAUCUGCUUGACAACUGUGGUCACUCAAUUUGACCCACUGAGAUGCCUUGGGGCCAUAGCUUCUCAGUUGGCCAGCCAGGAUGAGAAAAUUCUUAUUAUAAGCAUCAAUAGUUUGAGCAAGCUUGUGAUCCGAUUAUCAGAGGACAACCUCAUGGCUCAUUUGUCAACGUUUCUUCCUGCACUUCUGGAUGCUUUCGAAAACCGCAAUCCAUAUGUCCGCAAGGCUGCGAUGGUGUGCGUGGUGGACGCAUACCUGAAGCUGGGGCCGGCGCUGCUGCCGUACCUGGAAGGCCUGGGGCAGCUGGUAACCACCUACGCCAGCCGGCUGUCCCAGGCAAGAUUGAUUGCGGCGGACGGCUGA